UGGAGUUAUAGAGUUUCUUUUGGAGAUGCUCUUAGAUAUGGAAACCGAUUGUAUUGUUACCAAAGUUGGUUGAAAGAAUAAUUCAAAAUAGAAAAUCCCUAUAAAUAUGCAUUUACACUUGCAUUUACUUACAUGAUUCAAAAUAGAAAUUCUUACAAAUAUGCAUUUAUUCUCGUUUUUUAAAUUAAAUUAGAUUUAGGAUAUGCAUUAAUUAAACUGUAAAAGACAAGAAUUUUAAAAAGUAAGUAAAUUUAUUACUUCAAUGGCAUAUGAUUGUAAAUAAAUUGAAAAUUAAGGGGUAAUUUAUAUGGGUACUUCUCUUUUAAUAAUAUAGAUGUAGUUCUGGCGGAGAACUCAUGAGAGGUAAGAAAGUUUAUAUUUGUGAAACGCCACGCAUAAACACACCAAUGUUAUGUGUUUAUCUGUAAAUCAUAUUAUCAAACACAAAGAUUGUGUGUUUAUAAACAAAAAUAAGUAGACAAGAUAUUAUAACUUAAUGCUCGUCCUUCACGUUUGUUUGUCCAACCUCGACUGAAAAACGUUGCAGAAUUCGUAACAACGGCGUUAUGAGCCUUCAUAAUUUCAUAACAUGUUCCUUAGUCGUACACAAAUAUAUAUAGUCUUCUCCCUAGUUUUUUUUUUUUUUUUUUUUGUCGACUUCUCCCUAGUUUUCUUGUAAUGCUUUUUUCGUCUUUAUUUGGUUUCGGAUUUAUUAGGAAUCUUUUUAAUUGUGACUACCUAUUGGAGAGAUUCUCUCUUGACUAUUAUACCCUCUAUAUAUACACCAAUUGUGAAUUUUACAAUAUUAAAACCCUAAUAUCUUCUCCCUUUUGUUUAGUUAAACCUAAAGCCCUACUCUCUAUUUGCCUUCUUCACGCUUUCUUACUUUCUCUCAGCAUCCUCUCUUUUUAUUCCUUCAGGUCAGAGAAACAAUGGUGACUCCCAAUCUCCCAUGGGAAUUGGAAUCAGAAAUACUUUCUAGGGUUCUAUUGGCUAGAAGAUAAAGAUUGUAUUUAUCUUAGAGAUAAGUUAGAGAUAACUAUGUACGUUAGAGAUAACUAUGUACGUUAGAUACGAUAUACUUGACUUAGAUACGGGAGUCAUGAACGUUUGUAUAAAUACUCUGUUGAUACAUCAAUAACAAGCAACUCAUUCUUUUAUAUUCACAUGGUAUCAGAGCUAAGAUCUAUCUAAACAAAAACGUUGAAGAUCUUUCUCAAGUGCAAUGAGUGAUACGAAGUCGGAGGCUGCUGAAGCUUCUCAAGUUGUGAUUAGUAAGCAAGGAGAUACGAUGAAGUUAUCACCGUACACUCUGUUCUCAUCGGACAAUCCAGGUUCGAUGAUUACCUCUGUUCAUUUGAAAGGGGAUAAUUAUAAUGAGUGGUCAUUGGAGAUGUUGAAUGCACUCUGUGCCAAGAAGAAGAGUGGUUUCGUUGAUGGAUCGCUUCCUCAACCUGAAGAAGGCGAUGUCAAUUUGGAAUCUUGGUUGAGUGUAAACUCUAUGAUUGUAGGAUGGAUUCGAACGUCGAUAGAGCCACGAGUUCGGUCUACAGUAACGUUCAUCACCAAUGCUCACAAGCUUUGGGAGAAUCUGAAACAACGAUUUGCAGUGGGUAACAAAGUCAAAGUUCAUCAGCUCAUGGAACAACUAGCUUCAUGUCGUCAGAAUGGGGAGCCGGUUAUAGAUUACUUUGGCAAAUUGUCUAUCAAGUGGGAAGAGAUGCAGACAUACAGACCUUCACCACCGUGUACGUGUACAGCUGCACGAAUAUAUGAGAAGGAGCGUGAAGAUGAAAGAGUUCAUCAGUUUAUUAUGGGUCUUGAUGACUCGAGAUUUGGUAAUGUGGUGAGUUCUAUCAUUGAAGCUGAUGAAUUGCCUGAUAUAGGCAAGGUGUAUGCAAAAGUGAUCAGAGAAGAAGCUCGCUUGGAUUCUGCCAAGACGAGAGAACACACUCAAGAUGUCGUUGGGUUUGCAACACGACGAGAUACAAAUACAGACGAUCAAAGUGCUCGACGUGACUCACGGGAAGGGUCAGUUUCACAGGGAGGAAGAGCAGAUUUCUCCAGUGGCAGAGCUCGAGAUCGGGUGUGCUCUCAUUGUGGUAAAACUGGUCACGACAAGAACACAUGUUGGCAACUCAUUGGUUAUCCAGAGUGGAUGACAGAGAGAGGAGGAGGACGUGGUGGACGCGGUUCUAACAGAGGAGGUGGUCGUGGUUUUAACUCUGGAAGAGGCAGAGGAAUAACAUCUAAUAUAGCACAUGCGACUACUCCUCACGUCUCGACGGUUGCUGAUCUAACUCCAGAACAGCUGAAGGCAAUUACUCAGAUCAUUCAAGACAAGCAAAGCGGGUCGUCUGAGAAACUGUCUGGACCGUUCUACGAAGACUAUGAUUGGAGCCGGUGAGGAACGUGAUGGGGUGUACUAUUUCAAGGAUGUAAAGGCGGCACUGGUCAACCGAACUGAUGGGAAGGUUGUGGAUCAUCUGCUGUGGCAUCGUAGGCUAGGACACCCUGCGUUCUCUGUGCUUUCUGUUUUACCUAUGUGUUCUGGUGUUUAAAAUAAAGAUAGCCCUGGUCAAUGUGACGUAUGUUUUAGGGCUAAGCAGACAAGAGAUUCUUUUCCUGACAGUUUAAAUAAAGCAGAAGUUUGUUUUGGUUUAAUUCAUGUUGAUGUCUGGGGUCCAUACCGAGUUCCUGCAUCGAGUGGGGCAGUGUAUUUUUUAACUAUAGUAGACGAUUUUUCCAGAGCAACA